CCACUGAGCCCCACCACCGCCACAACCUCCCCCUAGCUCCGGCGAGGCGCACGGUAAUGUUUCUUUUUCUGGCACCAGAAGUAAAUAAGUCUACAUUCCGUCAACUGUCCACCACUUAUUUCAUCGCCAGUUCACUUUCGUUCCGUCGACUGUCCACUCUCACUCCGUCCACGCUUCCCAUCAUGGCUGCCACCCGUUCCCCCACCGCCUCCACUGGCUCCAUCCACAGAAUGUACCAGAUCUACUACCACCACUUCCCCCACUACAUGUUGACCAAGAACGAGAGCUUCACCCUCCACUUGUUCCUUUUAUCGUUCUUGUUUUUCAUCGGCUACGGCAUCUACAGCUACUUGCCUGCCACCAUCAUGUUCUCGUUGUCCCGUGGCUACUACUACUUGUGGGGCCAAGAGGUGAAUGCUUAGAGUGCUGACUGAAUCAUGAUCCAUACUUCCCAUUUCUCGGGAAAAGCCAUCCUCUGGUGAUACCACCAUACUACUCUCGUCACCUCCCAUACCCACACAUUACGCUGUGAACAUCCCUUCAUGGCUCCACUAGCCAGCAGCGCAGUCUGCUACGCGCUGAGCGCUUGAUUAUGCCCAAAACACCACUAAUAACACUCCAUCUCCCACCACAGCCAUAUGACCCGUCUCCCUCUACCUGUAUACAAUAGACACUUUGUUUGACUGGUGUAGCCUCCAUGAGUUCCUAAUCUAUUGGUAAAAAGUGCCGAUGGACUAAUAAUAUAGCAGCAGCAAUUAGCGAUAGUCUCAGAAAUAGGAU